AUGUCUGACAGCGGCGCUACCGUCCCUAAGGACCUCGCCGACACCCCCUCUAACCCCUUUCAGCCAACUCUUCCGCCCUCACGAUCUUUCCGCCGCCCUAUCGUACGCCGCCCCACCGCACAACCCUCGACUGCACCGUCAUUCCCCACGCGCACCAGCAAACCCUUUGGCGAGAUUGACAAGGAGGACGAGACGGACAACUUUGACGUCCUUUCGCUCGUCUCGGGCGUGUCGGGCUUGUCGACCGCCGAGGAUGUCGAUGAGGAGACUGUGGCGUUCAUGCCGCGCGUGAGGGACCUGAGGUACAGGCGGCCGGUUGUAAGGAAGAAGACGCUUGAUGUGAAGAAGCCGGAGCAGGCGGGUGAGGAGAAGGAGGUGGUGGAGCCGGUGCAAGAAGCGAGCGAAGCUGUGGUUGCCAAGCCGAACGCAGAGAUGGAGAAGAAGGACUCAGCGUAUUCGGAGGAGAAGGCGGCUUCAUCGCCGGUGAACAAGGAAGCCGCCGAACUCGCGCAAGACCAUCCAGCGACAACUCAACACGUCGAGUUGGACCAGCAGGACCAGCAGAAGCAAGAGCGCAAGUGA